ACGUGCUUGACGUCAUGGUGGGUCGGCGCAAGGAGGAGCAGCUGCUGAGGCGCUCGCGGCGAACCCAUGGGCUGCUGUGGUUCCUGCAGAAGUGCGCGAGACCGAGGAGGAAGCAGCAGAGGAGGGCAAGAUCCGUUGUGUUGCAGGAGCGGGACGCUCCUGCUGUGUCGAGGUGUAUACACCAGGCGGAAUCAGGAUCCUGGCAGGACGACACGGAAUCGACAACAUCCUUCCUCUCUGAAGCACCGACAGAACCUUCCUCUCACGAAACUCACUCUCUGAAUCACAAGUUUGGUGAAGAACCCUCGGAGUCUUGUGUUCUGGGCAAUGUGCGAGUGAAGUCGCGGGAAGCAGCCAAACCAAGGACUUUUGGGCACUGUGUAGCGAUUGAUUGCGAGAUGGUCGGGGUUGGGAGAAGUAAUAAGAGUGCUCUGGCAAGAGUAGCCAUUGUGGAUGAGAAUGGAUCAUGUCUUCUCGAUGAGUACGUGAAGCCAACUGAAAAAGUGACCAACUAUCGUACACGAUGGAGUGGGAUUCGACCCAGGGACCUUGUGAAGGCUCCCAGCUUUCAGGACGUGCGCCAGAGGGUUGUCAACCUCAUCAGAGGAAAGAUUUUGGUCGGGCAUGCCAUCCACAAUGACUUGAAUGUGCUCCACGUUUGUCACCCCCCUGGGCUGAUCCGGGACACUUCAUUCUACGUCGGUCUUCGCAAGGAGCUGGCUCAGGCUUGUUCUCAGUAUGACGCUUCACGGCCUCCUAGUCUAAAGCAACUCAGCCGCGAUAUUUUGAAGGCAGAAAUUCAGGUGGGUGAGCACUGCCCAGUGGAGGACGCACGGUACACGAUGAAGUUGUAUCAGAGACACAGGCAGACGUGGGAGGAUUCACUUGUUUGAGGGCGUCAUGUUGUUUAUGAGAUAAAACCUUUCGAACUUGC